AUGGGCACGCUCGCGGCCAAACUGCUGCUGCCCACGCUCAGCAGCCUGGCCUUCCUCCCCACGGUCAGCAUCGCCGCCAGGAGGCGCUUCCACAUGGAGGCCAUGGUCUACCUCUUCACCAUGUUCUUCGUGGCGCUCUACCACGCCUGCCACGGGCCCGGCCUGUCGGUCCUCUGCUUCAUGCGCCAGGACACCCUGGAGUACUUCAGCGUCUACGGGACGGCACUGAGCAUGUGGGUCUCGCUGAUGGCCCUGGCGGACUUCGACGAGCCCAAGAGGUCGACACUGGUGAUGUUCGGGGUCCUGACCAUCGCCGUGCGGAUCUACCACGACCGCUGGGGCUACGGGGUGUACUCCGGCCCCAUCGGCACAGCCGUCCUCAUCAUCGCCGCCAAGUGGCUGCAGCAGAUGAAGGAGAAGAGGGGGCUGUACCCCGACAAGAGUGUCUACACCCAGCAGAUAGGCCCUGGCCUCUGCUUCGGGGCACUGGCCCUCAUGCUGCGCUUCUUCUUUGAGGACUGGGAUUACACCUACGUCCACAGCUUCUACCACUGCGCCCUGGCCAUGUCCUUUGUCCUGCUGCUGCCCAAGGUCAACAAGAAGGCGGGCAGCACGGCAGCCCCUGCCAAGCUGGACUGCUCGACGCUCUGCUGCGCUUGCAUCUGA